AUGGAUACUUGCAUUCCUGAGACAACUAUCGCAGGGUUCACGGUAGUUGACACUCCUAUUGUUCAAGCUGCUCAAAAGUAUGCUCGCGCACACCUAAACGAUAUGGGUUUUAAUCAUGUAAUGCGUUCAUGGAUACUGGGGGUUGUCGUUUACAACAAGCUUCGUGAGAAGGGCGCUGUGUCAGAAAUUGAUCCGGAGGUUCAUGCGCUGAGCGCUAUUCUUCAUGACCUUGGCUGGGAUGCAACAGGUGAACUUAUUUCCAAGGACAAAAGGUUCGAAGUUGAUGGUGCAGAAGCUGCUUGUGAUUGGAUCAUGGAAGAACAGCAAAGUGGAAGUGCGGAACACUGGGACGAUUAUAGGCUUCGGCUGGUGUGGGAUGCUAUUGCUCUGCAUACUACUCCCUCGAUAGCUCUGUAUAAAGAACAGGUGAUUAAGAUCUGUACUCUUGGGAUUUCCGCAGGAUUUCGAGGCCCGAGAUUCAACAAGGCUGGCACGAUUUCUGAGGAAGUAUUCGAUGCGGUCAAUGCACAGUUCCCUCGCCUGGAUUUAGCUGACGGAAUUCGCGAAAUCAUAUGCGGCUUUUGUCAAACCAAACCGGAAACUACAUAUGGUGUGUACACUGUUUGA